GGCGUUUGGUCUGCCAUGGUCUGCCAUGCCUCGCCUAAGUGAGAUCUAAGGAUGCCCCUACCAUCAUCCAUCGUCCAUCGCCCACCGCCCACCGCCCUUCACCGUCACCUUCAACUGUUGGCUGCCGAUAACGGCUUUGGCGUCGCCACAAACACGCACCCAUCACCGCUACCCGUGCCUGGACCCCACGGGCAGCCAGCGGGUUGACCCUCACUGUCAGUCUGUCACUACGAUUCAGUGCACACAUUACACAUUACGACUCCAACUGCGCCUGCAUCUUUAACCUGCAUCCGCACAGAGCACGACAUUGUUCCCUCAGCCAUUCUCAUUCCCGUGUCCACACACACAUUCCUCUUACCAUCCCACCGUCUCACCUCCCGUCUCUUGUCUCUUCGUACUCAACUUUCUCCAUUGGCUCUAGAUGACCUUGCCCUUUCGUCUUGCUGGUCACUGGCUUCACCCCAAAUCCGCCAUCGUCCACGCCGCUCCUCGUUCUUCUUUCUUCAGCCGACCCAAACUCCGAUCAUCUCCACCAAUGUCCUCUCUGCCAUACCACCAACAGUCUCCUCCUCGACAAUUCGCUACUGUCAUGGGCUCGGUGAGGCGCAUCGCCGACGAACUUGAGAAGCCAGAUCUUGACGACCGAUCAUACCGAGUCAUUGAACUGCCCAAUAAAUUGGAAGCCUUACUAGUACAAGAUGCUCAGACAGACAAAGCAAGUGCCAGCCUCAAUGUCAAUGUCGGUAACUUCUCCGACGAAAAUGACAUGCCGGGCAUGGCUCAUGCCGUCGAGCAUCUGCUGUUCAUGGGCACAGAAAAGUAUCCUGUAGAGAACGAGUACAGUUCAUUUCUCUCCUCCAACUCCGGCCAUUCCAACGCAUACACUGCCGCCACCCAGACCAACUACUUCUUCGAAUGUGCCGCUACUUCAGAAUCCAAUGACAGCCCCAACGGCCUGGGAGCUUCUUCGCGCCAAAGUCCCUUGUAUGGUGCUCUUGACCGCUUUGCUCAGUUCUUUGUCAAGCCGCUCUUCUUGGAGACCACUCUAGACCGAGAACUCAAGGCUGUCGAUUCGGAAAACAAGAAGAACCUGCAAAGCGACGCAUGGAGGCUAUCCCAGCUGGCGAAAUCUCUCUCCAAUCCCUCCCACCCUUAUCACCAUUUCUCCACCGGAAACCUGCAGACUCUCAAGGAAGACCCCGAAAAGCGAGGUGUCAAGAUCCGUGACGAAUUCAUUCGUUUCUAUGACCGUCAUUAUUCCGCCAACCGCAUGAAGCUCGUUGUCCUCGGCCGUGAGUCCCUCGACGACCUUGAGAAGUGGGUCGUCGAGCUCUUUUCCAACGUCCAGAACAAAAAUCUCAGCCAGAAUCGGUGGGACGGCAUCGAUAUGUUGACAGAACAACAGCUGUCAACCCAAGUCUUUGCCAAACCCGUCAUGGAAUCGCGAUCCUUGGAAAUCAGCUUUCCUUGGCAAGAUGAAGAAGACAUGUAUGAGACCCAGCCCGCCAGAUACAUUAGUCAUUUGAUCGGCCACGAGGGUCCCGGCAGCGUGCUCGCUUACCUUAAGGAGAGCGGCCUCGCCCAGACACUUUCUGCCGGCUAUCAUACAGUCUGUCCUGGCUCCGCCUUUUUCGAAAUCGACAUUGGCUUGACCCCCAAAGGUCUCGAAAGUUACCAUGAAGUCGUCAAGAUCGUCUUCAAAUACAUUGGAAUGAUGAAAUCGAGUCCUCCCUUGGAAUGGAUGCAUCAGGAAAUGAAGAACAUGGCCGAUGUCGACUUCCGCUUCCGCCAGAAAUCCCCUGCCAGUCGAUUCACCAGUGGCACCAGCAGCGUUAUGCAGAAAAACAUGCCACGUAAUUGGCUUUUGAGCAGCACCAGCAAAUUCCGGAAGUUUGACGCCAAAGCCAUUGUCCAAGCCAUGCAGUUUCUCCGCCAUGACAAUUUUCGACUGAUGGUUGUGUCUCGUGACUUCCCCGGCACCUGGGACCAGAAAGAGAAGUGGUAUGGGACAGAAUACAAGGUGGAAAAAGUCCCCUCAGAGGUCCUGGCUGAUAUCCAAACUGCUCUCACCGCUCCUGAGGUUAGCCCUAUUCCAGAUCUGCAUCUUCCGCACAAGAACGAAUUCAUCCCCACCAAGCUCGACGUUGAAAAAAUCGAGGUCAAAGAGCCAGCCAAGGCUCCUAAGCUCCUCCGAAACGACAGUUCCGUUCGCCUGUGGUGGAAGAAAGAUGACACAUUUUGGGUUCCCAAAGCCAAUCUGAGCAUCAAGCUCCGCAACCAAGUCACCUAUGCCAAUCCUUUGGAUUAUGUCAAAUCAUGCCUUUUUGUCGGCUUGGUCAGGGACGCCUUGUCUAGUUACUCGUACGACGCCGAAAUUUCCGGACUGUCUUAUGCCAUCACUGCAAACAUGCUAGGACUGGAUCUUGGUGUCCACGGAUACAACGACAAGAUGGCCGUUCUUUUGGAAAAAAUCCUGACAACACUGAAAGAAAUUGAGAUCCGAGAGGACCGUUUUGAUGUCAUCAAGGAACGUAUGGCCCGCAAAUACAAGAAUUGGGGCUUUCAGCAGCCCUAUUAUCAGAUUGGCGACUACACGAGAUGGUUGUUGAAUGAGAAAUCGUGGAUGAACGACUCAUACGAGGUCGAGCUACCCCACAUCACGGUGGAAGACAUCAGGAGCUUCAAGCCACAACUGCUUCAACAGGCACACAUUGAAAUCCUGGCACACGGGAACUUGUACAAAGAAGAAGCAAAGAAGAUUGCCAAUCUAGUUGAGUCCAUCCUCAAGCCACGACCACUGCCACCUUCGCAAUGGCCCUUGCGAAGAAAUAUUAUCAUCCCCCCGGGAAGCAACUAUGUCUACAAGCACACGUUGAGCGACCCAGCGAACGUCAAUCACGCCAUCGAGUAUUAUCUCGACAUUGGACACGUGAUGGACUUGCCUCUUCGAUCGAAGCUUCAGCUCUUUGCACAGAUCUGUGACGAACCUGCAUUCGAUCAGUUGAGAACAAAGGAACAGCUGGGAUACGUCGUCUGGAGUAGUGUUCGUCCUGCUGCCGUCACCAUGGGUUUCAGGGUCUUGAUUCAGAGUGAAAGAACCCCGGAUUACCUCGAAACCCGAAUUAAUGCCUUUUUGCUGAAAAUCAAGACCAUGCUAGACAGCAUGUCGACCGAAGACUUUGAAGGCCACAAGCGAAGUCUGGUUAACAAACGACUGGAAAAGCUGAAGAAUCUGGACUUUGAGACUAAUCGCCUUUGGGCCUAUAUUGGCGGUGAAUACCUCAACUUCGAGCAGGUUGACCAAGAUGUGAGCAAGAUCCGCGAGCUGACUAAGGAAGAUAUUCAAGAGUUCUACACUCACUAUAUUGACCCCCAAUCGGCCACUCGAGCCAAACUUUCGGUGCAUCUGGUGGCACAAGCCUCGUCGACACCACCAGAAUUAUCACCAGCAGAACAGAAAAGCCAGAUGGUAGGCUUGAUUAGCCAGGUACUUGGAACGGUCGGCGUCGACGUUGAUGAAGCUGCUUUGUCGAAGGAGUUCGAAAAUGUGGAACCCAGCAAUCAACAAGCAGUUCUAGACUCGAUCAAGACCUAUGCCAGUCAAUCGCUCCCAGAUACCAAAGUGGACGAAGUCCUUGUCCAGAUGAAAGAAGCAGUUCCUCAGGUCAUGGUGGCUUUGAAGAUCAAACCUCCCAUGGCAGAGACUAAUCAAGUCGAAGCUCCCGCUCAAAUCCCCACGCCGAUAAUCAUCGAAGAUGCGUAUCAAUGGAAAGCAGGGUUGCAGGUCACUCAAGGACCGGUUGCAGUUUCGGACAUCCGAGACUUCGAGGACCUCGAGUCAAAGUUAUGAAGAUGUGGCUGAAGGUGUGAUUAGAUUAUAUUGGAUUUCAGGCUACGAUGUCACCCGCCACCUGAACUGUAAGGUACCAAGCGAAGGCGCUGUCAAAGGACUAUCAUGUUGAAUAGAUCAUCGGGGUAGAGAUAGACACCUGCAAAGGGCAGUAGUUUAUGCAUUGGUACUGGACAAUUAAUAAUAUGGUAAGGAGAUGUUUAAGAAGAUGUUG